CACCAUGUGCCGCUCAUUAUGUGAAGACGAUGAACGCCUUGCAACAUCGUAAAGCAGAUAAUUUGCGAGCCGUGAAGGCCAUACUGGAAUAUCAUUACGUGGAUGAUUUUGUCGACAGUUUUGAGUCCGUAGCUGAAGCCAUUAAAGUCACUAAGCAGGUGAGCGACAUACAUAAACAUGCUGGGUUUACCCUACGUCACUUCGCCUCGAAUUCGCCUGAUGUCUCAAAGUCACUGGGAUGCGAUGAAGAUUCCUUUACUUCUAAUUGUCAUUUAAAUUUGCGCUUGUUCAUUCCAUAUUUGUCAUUUGCUGAAGUAAGAGGCCGAAAAAACUGCGAAACGCGAGCAGUGUUACUGUUGGUGGAUAUGUGGACGGACGUGAGCGAGCACUAAAUGUGUGAAUACCUGGAGAAGGUUGAGGACACCCUAGUUGUAGGAGCGGUAACAUGCAAAGUCGCAAUAGGGAAUGUGACGGUGUUUCACAAGUUCAUAGUCGCGGAUAUUGUGGAUGAAGUAAUCAUUGGGGUAGACUUCUUAUUUGAUCAAGGUAUGCAGAUCGAUAUGACGAACAGGAUCAUGACGUAUAACAACAUGGAAGUGCCCCUUAGCUUUGGAUAUGAUGGCCCGUACAUCAGCAAGCGAGUGAUCCUAGGGGAAAGCAAACAGAUUCCACCGAAGUCAGAAACAGUUGUUUGGGUGAAGAUUGAUGGAGAUUGUGUAACAAACAAGUUGUGGGUUGUUGAAGCAACACAGAAUUCCACGCCGGACGUACUUAUUGGUAAAACCUUGGGUAAGUCGCAAAAAGAUGCACGCUUCCCAGUUCGAGUACUUAAUGAGUUCAAAUCACCAAUCAAACUCCGAAGAGGAACUGUACUGGGUCAAUGUCGAGAGGUAGAGGCCAUCGUCCACUGCGAAAAGUUACCUGAAAGCGAUUCCAUUGGCGAGAAUGACAUUGCGGAAGACAAAAUCAUGGACGGCAGCACAAGGCUAAGGAACUUCUCCUCAGAUACUCCAACAUAUUCGACAAUCGCAUUGAUACUGGCGAUGCAAGGCCAAUCCAUUAAGCUCCUCGGAGUGUUCCACUUGCCAAACGUGCAGCUGUAUGCCAAAUAAUAACAGAAAUGAGCGAGAGUGGUGUAGUACUUGUGAAGAAGAAGGAUGCUCCAAUGCGGUUCUGUGUGGACUACCGAAAACUAAAUGAUGUGACGAAAAAGGACAGCUAUCCACUUCCCAGGAUCGAUGAUAAUCUAGACUCGUUGACUGGAACGAAAUGGUUCUCAACACUCGACCUCAAGAGCGAGUGGCAAGUGUAGGUUAGCGACGAGGACAAGGAGAAGACAGCUGUCAGCGUUGGAGAUGGUAUGUGGCAAUUUGCGGUGAUGCCCUCCUGCCACUUUUGAAAGACUUAUGGACCAUGUGCUUAAGGGACUGCAUUGGAAAACACGCUUGGUGCAUCUAGACGACAUUAUUGUGUUGGGUAAAAGCCUUGAGGAGCAACUUAACAGUUUGGAAGAAGUUUCUAGAGAAUAGCUGGUCUGUAGCUAAGUCCUAAAAAGUGCUCAUUGUUAAAGAAGGAGGGGAACUACUUAGGACACAAGGAGACAACGGAGGGCGUCAGCACUGAGAAGAAAAAGAAAGAAGCAGUGGAGGAUUGGCCAAGACCUAGAACUACGGAGCUUUCUUGGGCUAUGCACCUACUAUCGCGGAUUUGUUCCGAAUUUCGAAUUAUUACCUAUAGAGCUCCACUCUGACCAGGGAAAAAAUUUAGAAUCGGCGGUGUUCCCAGAGAUGUGCCAGAUACUGGGUACCCGGAAAACUCGAACAACGGCACUUCAUCCCCAAUCAGAUGACAUGGUGGAACGGUUAAAGCGAACCCUGGAAGAGGAUUUGCGGAAGGUCGUGAACAAGAAUCAGAAAGAUCGGGAUAUUCUUGAACUCCUUCCAAGGUAAUCUUCGGCACUGAACUUCGUUUGCCUAGUGACCUGAAUUUUGGAGUAAGCGGUGAUACAAGAAGAUUUGGAAAAGAGACGUCCAACAUCCUAGAGGAAGAGCUGAGAGAGAUACAUGCUGUAGUGAGACAACGAACGCAAAUUGUGAGUGACAAGAUGAAAGCCAGGUACGAUAAGGCGAUGAAUUCCGAGGGUUUCCAAGAAGGAGGUUUGGUGUUGCUGUACAAUCCACAACGGAAGAAAGAUUUGUCCCGAAAACUACAAUGCAACUGGGAAGGUCCGUAUAAGAUCGUCAAAUGGCUGAAUGAUGUGGUAUCGAAUCCAGACCAUUGGGAUACCAAGGAACAAGAUGAAGUGGGUCCACUUGGAAAGGCUUGCCGUGUUUGGAACAGCAAGUAUGUGAUAGACUUAGGUGGAGGGCAGUGUGGCGCAUACUGCGGCAACGCGAAGCGAACAA